AAAAAUAGACCAAAAGGAUUCAAAUGUGCAGAGAGCCGGCUCUUAAAAGCUGUAGCCGGCUCUGGUGAAAUGGAAGUGCAGAGAGCCAGCUCUGGAAGCUGUAGCCGGCUCUACGGGCAAAAAUUUGAAGACAGUUGUUUGGCACGCGCGGAGAAAAGACGCAAAGCCGGCUCCAACUUUGUAGCCGGCUGUGAGGGUGCAUUUAAUGCACAACGAGCAUUUAAUGACCCCCAAUGGCUAGAAAUGGCUAUUUUCGAGCAAAGGGCUAUAAAUAUGGUUGGUAACAGAUCUGAAGAAGUUAAGAGAGUAUUGUAUUGAAUAUCUUUACCUACCUACAUGAGCUUUAACUUGAGUUUUUGAUCUUUGAGAGAUCUUUGUUUGUAAUCCUCUUCUUGUGCUAUUAGUGAGUGAUCUUGAGGGUGUGUUGAUUCCUUCAAGAGUGAUAUGUAGAGAGGAUCUUUGGGGUUUAAGUGUAAAGGGGUGAGAUUUGAGAGAAACACCCUUUUUCUUGUAAAGGAUUGAGUGGCUCCUUUAAGCCACCAUUGUUUUUGUUAGUGGAGAGUGUGGAGGAAAUCCUUGGUGAGUGAAGCCAAGGUAGAGGACUAGGCUCCAAGUGGUUGGACCGAACCUUUAUAAAAUCAUUGUGCAAGC